AUGCCUUCUGCGUCACAGUCUUCACAACAGUCCUUUUCGAUGACUCAGCUGCCCCAGACAAGGCACAAUGCCAAUGCCUCUUUCCAGCAAAGCUACGAUGGGCCCAUUUAUUCGGCCUCUUAUUCGGGCGUGGACGUGUACGAAAUGGAGGUCAAUAAUGUAGCAGUCAUGAGGAGACGGCACGAUUCAUGGCUCAAUGCUACGCAAAUUUUGAAAGUUGCCGGCGUCGAUAAAGGCAAGCGAACCAAGAUUCUCGAAAAGGAGAUUCAAACCGGAGAACAUGAAAAGGUCCAGGGGGGUUACGGAAAAUAUCAAGGCACCUGGAUAAUGUUCGAUAGGGGCGUCGAGGUCUGCCGACAAUAUGGUGUGGAAGAGCUUCUGCGACCGCUUUUGACGCACGACAUGGGUCAGGACGGUGGCGUUGCUGGCAGAGGAGACUUCAAUACGCCUACAAAGGAGCAGGCCAUGGCAGCCCAACGGAAACGUCUGUAUAAUUCCAGCAUGGAAGGGCGGCCCAAUGGCAUGUCCGGGACCUUUUUCAAGAACAUCUCGAGCACAGCCUCGCAUGCCGUCGCCGCCAUCAGCAAAGCGCGGUUCGACUCACCGGCUCCCAGAAACCGCAACGGUCCAACACGGGCUCCAAGCUUCAGCCGGCAACCUUCCAUGCAGAACGGCGACGAGUUCCCCGGAAACUCUCAACAGAGCUACACUUCCGACUACGGACAACAGGUUGACUCGGCAUACUCGACCCAACAGGCAGCUGCCACGUCUGCCAUGACUGAACAUGAGCCUCCGAGAAAGCGACAGCGAGUCGCCAUGACGCCAGUUGAUAGCUUUGCUGGUGGAUACGGGCAAAGCAUGGACAUGUACGCGGCGAAUUGUCCUGGUUCGCCAACCGAACCAAACGAGUCCUUCAUGUACACGCAGAGCGCGGCCCAGGACCGGUCUCCCGCAGAGGAUGGCAGUGGCCCCUUGCCCCCGUUACCUUACGAAAUGUCUCCCGACGUGGAGAUGAAACGCGGCAUGCUUAUGGGCUUGUUCAUGGACGCGUCAGUCCCUGAUGCGUCCAAGCAUGACAUGCUGCGAACCUUCAGCCCUGGUGAGCUUGACAUGCCUAUAGAUCCUCAAAGCCAUACCGCUCUUCACUGGGCUGCAACCCUGGCUCGCAUGCCCCUGCUGCGUGCUUUGAUCACCGCUGGUGCGUCCCCUCACCGGGUGAAUGCGUCGGGUGAAACUGCCCUGAUGAGAGCCUGCCUAGUCACCAACUCGAUGGAGCAAGGCUCAUUUCCCGAUCUGCUCGAGGUACUCGGUGGCACAAUUGAAUCUCGUGACCACAAAGGCCGGACAGUGCUUCACCACAUUGCUGUGACAAGUGCCGUCAAGGGUCGGAAUGCCGCAAGCCGGUACUAUCUCGAAAGCCUCCUAGAAUGGGUUGUUCGGCAGGGUAGCGCCCCGAGCAGCCAGACCAAUGGUAACGGGCCAGGCAGCUCCCAGUCCACCAUUCCCAAGAUGGGCAUUGCUCGCUUCAUGAGCGAGAUUGUAAAUGCCCAGGACAGCUCGGGAGAUACCGCGUUGAAUAUUGCUGCCAGGAUCGGCAACAGAAGCAUCAUUUCCCAGCUCCUUGAGGUAGGGGCCGACCCAAACAUUGGCAACCGUGUUGGCUUGCGUCCUCUUGACUUUGGCAUCGGUGGUGAGAAUAGCGAGGAAAAGACCAGUGGUGCCGCACCAGCAGAGAAGAACGGUGCCACUGGAUCAAGUCAGCGCACUCGUGAGAGUAGCGAUGAGAUUAUUGCUUCCAUCACCCAUCUUCUCAACGAGACUGGCACUGCAUUCCAGCAGGAAAUGAAGGCCAAGCAGACCUCAUUAGACGCAAUGCAUGCCACUCUACGCAUUACGUCCACCCAGCUGGGAGACGCUCGCCGAAAUAUCGAGCAGCUCACAGAGGGUGUGAAGAAGCAGCAGCUUUCCCGACAGAAGGUGGCAAAUCUGGCACACGCCCGCGAGGACGAACAGCUCCGCCUGAUGUACGAGCAAGCCCGCUCAAAUCAGCCAGAACCGUCGUCAUCGUGGGAAACUGAGUUGUCCGCGAUGCUCGAAGCCGCCGAAGAAUCAUCAGCCGCUGGCGGAGGAGGCUUUGAAAGCGAGGGAAUGCUUCCUUCUACCGCGGUUCUAAAAGCCCGAAUCCGGGCCCUUGAAGGCCGCCGAGAUGUCACACGGAAGAUGGUGUCAGCUCUCAAAGGUAGAAGCCGCGACGUCGAGGUCAAGUACCGUCGCGUGGUGGCUCUUUGCACAGGCGUACAAGAGAGUGACGUCGACGCGGUUGUCGACGGCCUCCUCAAAGCCGUCGAAAGCGAACGCGACGAGCUCGACAUUGGCCGUGUGAGGAGGUUCCUCGGCGGUGUGGAAGGCGUUGUACAUUGA